AUGGAAAUUGAAUUUCACGGUGGGCACGGAGGCGGAGGACUACGGCGGAUGUUACGGCGGAUCGAAUCAUUCGUACGAACCCAUUCCUACAAAUUAACCCAGCUGGGAAAUGGUGCGGUACCGGAUUCUCCGGCGCCCAGUUUGGCCAGAAAAAAAACAGCCACAACAGCAGUGAGGGCACGCAGCCCCUCCACCACAAAGGUGGACUAUGGACGGACUCCACCAAAGAAAAAUACUUUGGCGAACAUCUUCAACAAACGAGUCACUCUUCCAAUUCACGUCGUCCUACCAUCAGGAAUAUCCAGCAAUGACAUAAAGCUUUUGACCACUAUUUUCUCUUUGGUGGUUGACACCGGCCUAUCCGCACCGCUACAUCUGGUCUACCCGCACACAUUUCCGUUUCCAGCAGCCUAUCCAUCUCCGGUAGGCCUACAUGUCGUUGACGCUGUUCCAGCCGUUGAGACCAGAGUUCACUACGCUGACACUCCCGUCGUGUUCGGCCAUUCUGCCAAAAUCCUGAAACUGAAUUUGACUCCAUUCGUCGUCGCUCCUCUGGCCACUCCAAUAACAGUCGCCGUCGCUCCCUCGGACGACUCUGUCGUCGUCGAGACCAAAAAAGCAGAUGAGACUGUCGCCGAUCCUGAUGUUAUUCCCGUGGCCAAGAAAGAAGAACCCACGGAAAAAGGACGUUCCAUUAACGUAAUAGCUCAUAAUAGCAUUCGCGGUCAAUUUGUCCAACCGAAAUUGAAUCCAGCUCCUCUCGUCACGCCUAGCCAGGCCGGCCGUCCGGUUGCCUUCCUUCUCGUUGAACAAAGUCCAGCUGCAGGCCUCGCCGCCGUCGCAUCAAAACUCACGACCGCAGACGCCUCAAACGCCUCCUACUGCCCAGGUAACGGCCUUGACUCUCCAGCAGCCGGCACUGCCUCUACAGAAACAGAAAAAACCCGAACGGCCUGUGCAGAAACAAGUUCAAUCAGAGCGACCAGUGCAGAAACAACAACAACAACCAAUCGUCGUUGCCGUCAGAGGAGCGACAGACGAGUUUUGAUUUGAAAACGGAUCCUUCGGCCGUUUUGUUCACGCCGGCCUAAACGUUGCAGAUCGCCAUCCACAAGGCGGCCAUUAAAGCCUCGCUGUUUCAAAAUGAAUUCCA